GGUGCCUUGUUGUUGUUGCUGCGAGUGGCGGUGGAAGCGGCUUUUGGUUUAUUGAUUGGACUCGCACCUGGCUGAGUGAAGCGCCCCAUGGCACGCGAUUCUCGGCGACUGUGAGCAGCCGGCGGCCCCCAACCCAAGGACACAUCGUCCCCCCAGCGACGCACACCGCGCUUGCGAUUGUAUUUGGCAACCCGCACCCGCUUUUUCAUGACCAAAACGGCGGCUGCGAUUCAAACGAAGCGAGGCUCAAUCGCGAAAACAUUCGCGCGGCGUCCAUCCAUCGAGGCGGUACUUAAUCGGCUGAAUACACGGUAAAUAGCGUAUAAAAGGCCAUGUCGGGGGACAACAUGGGUGUAGCCAAGAGCAGAGGAGGCUCAGGACUGGGAGCUGGACCAGGUACUGGGGCAAGUGCAUCCGAAACGGACAAUGUGACUGCGCUGGAGCUGCAGUCCAACAAGCGCAUGCUGUACUUCAGCGACGGCGUCAUGGAGGAGCUGUCCUCCGGCAGCGAGGACGAAGCGGACGCGGAAGUGGGCGACAAGUGCUACGAGGUCCACUUGAACGAGAGCGAAAUGGCGCUGGGACCACGCCUCCGCUACAAGGCCAGCCGGAUGGGCAGCCGAUUCCUGGCCGGCAUCGACUAUGUGGGCGGCGGCCUGGCCUCCCUGCUGGGAAUCACCAGCAGCAAGUAUGCCAGCGAAAUGGAAAACUACCAGCGGGCCAAGGAAAACGGCGACGAGGACCUUGACAAUUGGCAACCGCAGGCCGGCAACAACAACCAUAACAAUAACAACAACAACAACCGGAACGAGACCAUCGUUUUGUGCGGACCAACACGCAGUGAGGCGACCUUGCCACCCACUCGGCAGUAGGCAAGGAACCAGCCCACCCACGGGUGGGGGUUUCUUGAGGGGAAAAGUUGGAACAAAAUGCUCAUGGAGUAGUGGCGACACUUGGAGACUCUUUUACUUGGUAAAACCCACGGCAAACGAAUCAAAUCAAAGCAGAUCUUAACUUUUCGACACUUUAUUCGCUAGCAAAUAAGUUACAUAUAUAGUAAUAAAAAAGUACACAAUACAAAAUA